AUGACGGCCCCGGAACAACCUGAGGGCGCCGGCUGGCGCGACGAGGAACUCUUUGAGCUCGACGCUGAUGGACGUCUGCGCGAUGUGCACGCUACCGCGCCGGCCAAGUACACCGAUGGAAGCUCUAUCGACUGGUUCGCGGAAGAGGCCCUCGCGCGCGCGCGCACUCAGAUGCUGCACUCGCAACAUGGGAUUCGAGGAUUCUUGCUCCCCGCGAUGGAUGCGGCGCGUAUGUGGUUCGUGGUGAUUCUGACUGGUGUGAGCAUCGGCGUCGCGGGCGCUUGGCUGGAUGUCCUAGUCAAAUGGCUGGCAGACCUGAGAGAAGGUCGCUGCACCUAUGGCUUUUUCUACAACCAGCCGGCAUGCUGUUCCGGCUUGGAUCCCGGCGAAUUAUGCACUGAGUGGAAGUCAUGGAGCGCAUUUCUGAACGUACGAAUGAUAGGCGCACAAGCUAUCCUCCAGUCCACCAUCUACGUCGCACUAGCUAUUCUCUUCGCGGCAAGUGCUGCCAUUCUUGUGCAGAGCUAUGCACCAUAUGCGUUCCACACAGGAAUCCCCGAAAUCAAGGCUAUACUUAGCGGAUACGUUCUCGAUGCCUUCCUGACUCCGUGGACGCUUCUCAUCAAAGCGCUCGGUCUGGCACUAUCUGUCGCCUCGGGAUUGGUGUUGGGGAAAGAGGGGCCACUCGUACACGUCGCUUGUUGUAUCGCAACUCUACUCUCUCGGUUGUUCAGUCAGUUCAAGAACAAUGAAGCCGAAAAGCGAAAGAUGUUAGCCGCCGCAGCUGCUGCGGGCGUUUCUGUCGCCUUCGGUAGCCCUCUGGGCGGUGUACUGUUUGGGUUGGAAGAGCUGGACACUUUCGCCAAGGAGUUCGACGUUAUGUGGCGAGGCUUUGUUGCCUCGGCCGUCGCCGCUGUCGCCCUGCAGUACAUUGAUCCAUUCGGUACUUCGAAGUUGGUUUUGUUCCAGGUCACCAGCGGCAGCGAUACGUGGCAAGGCUUCGAAAUGUUCCCUUGGCUUGCAUUGGGUGUCAUUGGCGGACUCUUAGGAUCCCUCCUCAUCAAGCUGAACGUGCAGGUAGCAUUGUUGAGACGGUACAGCUUGAUCCACGAAUAUCCGGUUUUGGAGGUAAUUGGCGUGAGCGCCGUGACGGCCGCCGUCAGCUUUCUGAUUGUAUUCUGCCGUGUGCAAAUGGCGGAGUUGGUCGCGAACCUGUUCCAGGAAUGUGAUCCCAAUCGAGGUGACUACCAUGGGCUGUGCAACCCUACCGCGCUCUGGGAAAACGUGUUCUUGCUGUCGCUGACGGCGGGGAUCAAGCUAGUGCUAACGUCGUGGACUUUUGGGAUGAUGGUGCCGGCUGGCAUAUUCAUGCCUACCAUCGCCAUUGGUGCAUGCCUCGGGAGGGCGAUGGGUCUGAUAAUGCAAGACGUUCAACGAUGGUACCCCGACGCGUGGAUGUUCACGUCAUGUCCUCCGGAUCCCAGCGUACGGUGUAUCUCGCCAGGCUUCUAUGCGGUGGUUGGAGCGGCGGCGAUGCUCGGCGGGGUCACCAGAAUGACGAUCUCCAUUGUCGUCAUCCUGUUCGAGCUCACCGGCGCCCUCUCGCACGUCGUGCCCAUCAUGGUAGCCGUCAUGACCGCGAAGAUGGUCGGCGACGCGCUCGGGUCAGAUGGUAUCUACCCCGUUUGGAUCGCGUUGAGACGAUACCCAUGGCUACCACCCGUGGACUACAAGGACAAAGGCGCUACUGGCGCAAGCUUCAUGCGCAGUGCGGAGGAUGUCGUAUGUUUGGAAGAUGGCGAGCGCACCAUUGGACAGCUCGGCGAGUGCAUGAUCGGACAACUGACGCGAUUGACGUUUGACCGAGCAUUUGCAGAGCGUCUGGCUUUGGAGAAGUCCUUUAAUGGCUUUCCCAUCCUCGCGAAGGGAAGGCUUGUGGGAUACGUGGAGCGAGAGAGGUUGCUGUCUGCCAUCAGUGAUAACUCGCCCUCAGAACGUUUGGAAGGGGAUACCUCUCGCAAAGCGUUGUUCUCUAAUCCCAAACGCGAGGUGGAGGCAACCGAGAAUGCGGUCGAUCUGACCGCACUGCUCGAACCGUCCAUGCUGUUCCUUCGCCAGGAUACACCGCAGGAAGUUGUGAUCAGCAUGUUCCAAAAGCUGAACCUGCGCCGAAUAUUGUUCACGCAUUCAGGUGGAUUGUUUGCAGGGCUGGUGACGAAGUCGGAUAUCGUCGCACUUUUGAAUAGGCAUUUCCCGCAUGCGGCAGCGCUCGCGGAGCAUCCAUAG